UGAUUUGUAUGGAAACUUUUGCAGACCAAGCCCUUUUCAUGCUUUUUGCGUACGUGAAUAUGCAAUACAUGCAAUAAGGCCUAGCCUAGGCCUAUUGUUUUUCGUUACGGAAAAACUUAGUCAUAUCUCUACAAUAUUUGACGCAUAAAGGUUUAGCAGUUCCAGUUCCAGAUUGUUGACUAGUUAAGCCGUUUUUAGCAGACGAUGGCCAUGAAUUCAGCGGCGAUGUCUUUCCAGCCUGGCACGGGGAGUGUUCCAGCGACCAGAGUGGAAAUCACUGUGUCCUGCAGGGAUCUGAAGGACAAAGAUGUUAUGUCCAAGUCUGAUCCAAUGUGUGUAUUGUAUACAACUCAGCUUGGAUCGAAGGAAUUUGCAGAGUAUGAGAGGACGGAACAUAUCAAGAACACUCUGAAUCCAGACUUUGUCAAGAAAUUCAACUUGACUUACUUCUUUGAAGAGUGCCAGAGGCUGAAAUUUGAAAUAUUCGAUGUUGACUCCCCGAAGCAGAAACUCACAGCUCACGACUUUCUUGGGAAGAUAGAAACGACACUCGGUGAAGUCUUAGGUUCUUCUAAUAAUCGACUGGAGAAACCCUUAGAUGGGGCCGGCAAGAAAGCUGGUAAAAUCAUCAUCUCAGCUGAGGAAGUCAGCGAUUGCAAGACACGUGCAACGUUAAGCUUCCGUGGUCACAAGUUGGACAAGAAAGACUUUCUGGGCAAGUCGGAUCCCUUCAUGAUCUUCUAUCGGUGCAAUGAAGACAACUCGUACACAAUAUGCCACAAGACCGAGGUCAUCAAGAACACGUUGAAUCCAACAUGGCGGCCGUUUCCGAUUCUUGUGAGGGCGCUGUGUAACGGAGACCACGAUCGCACCAUCAAAGUGGAAUGCUUUGACUGGGACAGCGAUGGAGGUAGCCAUGAUCUUAUCGGCAUAUUCACCACAAACAUGAGGCAACUUUCAACUGGAAAACAGAGCUUUGAGUUGAUAAACCCUAAGAAGAAAGCCAAGAAGAAAGGCUACAAACAUUCAGGCACCAUCGAGCUAACCAACUGUGUUGUAGAAGAGCAACCUAGCUUCCUAGACUACAUCAAAGGAGGAAUGCAGAUCAACUUCACUGUAGCGAUAGACUUCACUGCUUCCAAUGGUAAUCCAACCCACAGCAAUUCCCUGCAUUACAUCAACCCAUACCAGCCCAACCAUUACGAGUUGGCCAUCACGUCAGUAGGUGAAGUCAUACAGGACUAUGAUAGUGACAAGUUAUUCCCGGUGCUGGGCUUUGGAGCUAAGAUCCCACCUGAUGGCUCAGUGUCACAUGAGUUUUCUGUGAAUUUCAACCCCCAGACCCCGUUCUGCAUGGGUAUACCUGGCAUCAUGCAGGCCUAUCAGAACUGCAUCAGAAGUGUACAGCUCUAUGGACCAACAAACUUUGCCCCAAUCAUCAACCAUGUUGCAAAGUUUGCGCAAGCCUACAUGGAUGGUUCCAACUAUUUCAUCCUGCUCGUGAUCACAGAUGGUGUCAUCUCAGACAUGGAGAUGACUAAGGAUGCAAUCAUCAGUGCCAGUUCUCUUCCUAUGUCUAUCAUCAUCAUUGGUGUUGGUCCUGCAGAAUUUGAUGCCAUGGAGGAGUUGGAUGCCGACAAGCAGGCUCUGGCAUAUCGAGGCAGAGUAGCAGAAAGAGAUAUCGUUCAGUUUGUACCAUUUAGGGAAUACAUCGGUGGUGUCGGGAGCGGCAAUCAGCAUCUCAGUCAGGCCCGCCUAGCCAAGGACGUCUUGGCUGAAGUACCGGACCAGAUCAUCGCCUACAUGAAGAAACGUGGUAUCAACCCUAACCAAUCCCCCACGACGCACACAUCACUGGCUCCAGCCCCAGUGCAGUGAUCAGAUUCAAUAUUGCUUCACAAGUUCAGAGUAAUAACAUGACUCCUGGAUCACUUGCUGAAUUUGUAUAAUAGUGUUAUAAAAAUGAGAAAGGCAAAUGCCAAAAAUGGAUAAGAGCUUCCAUGUACAUGCACAUUGUAUAUCUGCCAUGCUGGCAACGUCAUGAAAUGUACGUGUUAUAGAUAGUAUAAUAAACCCAUCAGUACCUGUACUGCAUUGUACUACACUACAUUGUGUUGAUGAAUCCGGUUUGGCCAUUUUUGGAUGGAACAUGUACAUGGAGUAACAGGUAGGGCAGUGAACAGACUAGUAGGUUAAUUUAGCAAUAGUUUAGAAUUAGUGUAGGAGAGAAGUUGUUAGGAGAAAGCAGGGAUAGUUUUUUAAUUCAUUUUGUAUAGUAACAUGUAGAUCAAACAUGAUGAAGUAAUCAAAUGUGGCUUGAAACAUAACCUUUAGACAGACUGGGCUAAGUCUAAUCAUUUUAGAACCCAGGAAAAUCUUUCACUGAAUGUAAUUAAAACAAAUAAAUGUCUGCUUAUGAUUGCCUUGUAAUGAAGUCAUCUAUUUUCUAUAAUUCUACAUGUAUAGUUUUUCUAUUCUAUCUUCUUAAACUAAAUGUGUAUCUAAUCAUGGCAAAAGAUUAAAAUUUAUGUCAAUAUAUUCUACAUGUAUGAGAAUUUGCCUGCACUUAAUUAUGUGAUAGAUUGAAUGUAGUUCCGUCUUCUAGAUCUCUGUCUGACUUUAUUUGCUAUAUAGUCUGUUUGGAUGUGGAUUUGUUUAUUUGUAACUUUUUUAAGAGGAAAUAUUUUACUUCCUAUUGAACUCAAAACAGCCUUGGAAUACAGCCUUAUUAAAAAUAUAUCAGAACGGUUUGAAUUCAAUACAUUUAAAAAAUGGUGAAAAUCAAGGGAUGAUAGAGCUCCAGCACAGUGUCCCACAGACUGUAGAUUGGAACUUGAGCAUCAGUGUUGCCUUCAAUUGUUUCAAUUUGGUGCUGUAUGAGAGAGCGACACAUCGGGUUCAGCUCAAUUUGUGUGCCUACAUGUGCAAAAUGUACAUGCAUGCACAUGUUCUUGUCCAUACUUUUACUUUGAAAUUCAUUGACUACAUUGUAUAUGUAUUAAGUAAGAUUUGAGGCUUUGCAUGUGAAGAUACUAAAUAAUGAAAGGUUUGCGGAAACACCAUGUGCGAAUAAUUUCUCAACUAAGAGAAUGGUUCUGAAAAGAACCAGAGGUAAAUUCGUUUACCUCUGGGUCUGUUCAGAACCAUUCUCUUAGUUGAGAAAUUAUUCGCACAUGGUGUUUCCGCAAACCUUUCAUUAUUUAGUAUAUGUAUUAAGAGUUUUUUACCACUUAAGUUUAAUAUGCAACAUGUCAUUUAAUAUAUAUUUGCCUUGUUACUAUGGCGACUUAUCCAGCCCAGAAUAAUUACCAUGUUGUAUUGUGUAGAAAAAGUACUAUUAAUGAAGGAUUUUUUUUAAUGCUCUGUAAAGUUGUAUUUUUGAAUCAUGCUUGCUGCAAAUUAUGGACAUUUUGAAAUAAAUGCCUUAUUUUUUUCAGCGGGGUUGAAGAAACAAUAUAGAACUAUGGGGUUAUUCAAAGGCUGGCUAAAAGACAUCAAUUACAUGUAUGUUAAGUCUGAGAAAUUUUUGUGAGUUGACCAGACUUUUCAUCUUCACAGAUAUGUGAGUUUUACAUUGUUUUGUAAAGCAUGUUGUAACUAAAGAACACAUUUGUAUAAACGCUACAUGUAGAAAUCUUGAAACAGGCUGAAAUGAUAAACUUGUUAGCUGAAUCUGAAAUUAUUGUAAUAACUGAUCAAAUGUUAUCAGGGGAGAACUUGGUUCAUUGCAAGUUUACAUGUACAUUUUCUUUUCUACUUGACAAGUAUUUGUAAGAUAGUUGUAAUUAAUGUCAGACUAAAAUUGCUUGUAAACUUGUUUGCCCCACUUUUAUUAGAAUUUAAGGUCAUGUACUCACAGAGAGUGAAUUUAUUAAUGGUUAAUUAUCAACACUAAAGCUUCAAAUUUCAAUAUACAUGUAUAACUGACUUGUAACAAGCACGUGUUAAUUGUUUCACUGUUGGUGCAGUCUAUAAUGUUACCAAUGUUUACAAUGUAUAAUGUAUACUGACUUUGAAGUUUGAAAGUUUACUGUCACAAUCACGCGUAUGUUUUUCAAGGAAGGAAUUGUUACAAUGUUUUGAUACCAAAAGCAACAGCAGUAUGAAGACUGUGUUUUUGUGUAGCCAUGAUUGUUUUGCUGGCCAUAUACAUCGUUACAAUGUACAUGUAUUUGUCUUGAUGUCAAUUCUUCUAAUCGUGUUAUUUCAAAUUCCAAAAGUAUUUUAACAAUACAAUGUAUAUCAAAUAAAAAGUAUGUCAUAUACACUGUACUAUGGGUGAUAGUAUAAUGCA